AUGGAGUUCUGCACAAGGAUUUCCAGCCAGUUGUUGCUCAAGCAGAUCGACAAUGACAGAAACAUUGUAAUGUCUCCGUUGUCGAUCAACGUGGUUCUAAACAUGGUGGCUGCUGGAUCAAAGGGUGAUGGUUUGGAGUACAUGCUCAGAAUUCUCGGGUCCAAAAGCAUCGAUGAGAUAAACUCUAAGUCCUCGGAGAUGAUGGCGGUGGCAGCCGGUGAUGGGUCCUCUAAUGAAGCCAAGGAUGGUCCGAGUUCGGGUGGGGUCGACAAUAGGGAUUUUCAUCCAGAAGACCAUGGGGGUUUGGCCGGCCUACCUUCUCCUCCAACGGGCAAUUUGGGUCGGCCCUAUCAACCUUUUCCUGCAAUGGGCAAUUUAGAUCGGCCCUAUCAACCUUCUCCAACGGGUAAUUCGGGUUGGCACUAUGAACCUCCUUUUCCUCCAACGGGCAAUUUGGAUUGGCCCUAUCAACCUUCUAGAACAGGCGAUUCGUGUUGGCCCAAUCAAUUUCCUUAUUUUCCUCGAAUAGGCAAUUCGGAUCGGCCCUAUCAACCUUCUAGAACAGGCAAUUCGUAUUGGCCCUAUCACCUUCCUUAUUCGAGGAGAAAUUGGGAUUGGAACUAUCAGCCUUCUCGAAGAGGCAAUUCGUAUUGGACCUAUCAACCUCUCUCUCCUCCUCCUCCUUUUCCUCCAACGGCCAAUUCGGAUCGACCCUAUCAACGUUCCCAAACAGGCAAUUCAGGAUUUCAAUCAAAACAAAAAACACGCAAUUCGAGUCGGCGCUAUCAACCUUUUCCUCCUCCAGUGAUGCCGGUGGCAAAGGGUGGUGGGCCCUCGAACAACGCCGAGGAUGGUCCGACUGUGGUCAUGGUCAAUGGAGUCUGGGUCGAUGAGCGUUUUCCUCUAAGACCGUCUUAUGAAGAGCUUAUUAGAGGUGUCCAUAAAUGUGAAGCAAAAACAGUUGAUUUCUUGCAUGAGGUUUCUGAAGUGGUAAAUGAAAUUAACUCAUGGGCUAAUGUUGUAUCAAGAGGGCUUAUCAAAGAGAUUCUCCAACAUGGAUCCCUAAAUCCAGACACAGCAAUCGUACUAGCGAAUGGGCUAUACUUCAAAGGACUUUGGGAUGGCGAUUACAAAUUUAGCCACACUGAAAAAAGGGAUUUCUAUCUUUCCAACGGCAAUACUAUUUUAGUUCCCUUCAUGACUAGCCAUAAGAAAUACUAUUUCGGAUCAUUUGAUGGCUUCAAGGUCCUUAAAAUCCCAUACCAAGGCCGGAAACUCAACAAGAAUUUCUCCAUGUACUUCUUUCUCCCAAAUGAAAAGAAUGGGUUGAAAAAUCUUGUAGAGAAGUUCAAUACAUAUCCACGGUUCUUGCAGAAGAACCUUAACUUAAGGAAAGUACCGCUUAACGAAUUUUGGAUCCCGAAAUUUAAAUUCUAGUUUGAUUUUGACGUUUCUGACGUCAUGAAGGAUAUGGGAGAACCGUUAACGUUUCUGGAAAAUCCAAAAGAUUGGUCGGACAUGAUGCAUAUUCCUGAGGGCGUCCCAUUCAUGACCACAAAAAUGAUUCAAAAAGCUUGUAUUGAGGUUGACGAAAAAGGCACAGAGGCUGCAGCCGUUACUGUUUUAAUGAUGGCCCCUGGAGCCGCAAUGCACAUGCCCCCGCCAGAAACUGCAAGUUUCGUUGCUGAUCAUCCUUUUAUGUUCAUGAUCAAGGAAGAGCCAUCGGGUUCAGUUUUUUUCACUGGAGCAGUAGUUAAUCCAAGGUCUAGUGAUUAGGUUUUUUUUUUUUUUUGGGGUAAGGAAAUGGUAACUAUUACUUGAGUUUUGCGAGAUUAUGGGAAUAAAUUGAGACAAACAUGAUACAUUUUGCCACAUCGGGUACUUCAGUCGUGUAGCGUGUUCUGAUUUUGAGUUUGACUUUUAUGCCAA